CUUUUGGAGUUUCUGGGCCAGAAAGAAAUAUGGCUCUAGGAGGUCAGUCAUCAUAAAAGAUGGAAAAGCAUGAAAGUUGAUGCUUAUCUCAGGAAGAACAUGUGAAGUGAGGGAGGAGGGAGAACUGAAGGUAAAACCCUAGAACGUGCAUGAGCAAAGAAUUAUUAGCAAGCAUCGGGAGGGAGAAAGAAACCCAGCGGUGUGAGGCGGGAAGAGAAAGAAUGGUGGAUGCUUUACAAGAAGGAAAGUGCUGGAUAUGACUGAGAGUCCUGAUAUGGUGACUGUCCAUUGGGCAUGAGGGUGUUUAAGAUAGAAGUGCUAAUGAAUGGAAGAAAACAUUUUGUGGAGAAAAGGUACAGCGAAUUUCAUGCCUUGCACAAAAAGCUUAAGAAAUGUAUUAAGACACCAGAAAUUCCAUCUAAACAUGUGAGGAACUGGGUCCCAAAAGUCUUGGAACAACGACGACAAGGCUUGGAAACAUAUUUACAGGCUGUCAUUUUGGAAAAUGAAGAACUUCCUAAACUUUUCCUUGAUUUCCUGAACGUGCGACACUUGCCGUCUCUACCAAAGGCGGAGAGUUGUGGAUCUUUUGAUGAGACAGAAUCUGAAGAGUCAAGCAAACUCUCCCACCAGCCAGUGCUGCUGUUCCUCAGGGAUCCAUACGUCUUGCCUGCAGCCAGCGAUUUUCCAAAUGUGGUUAUUGAAGGAGUUCUCCGUGGGAUAUUUUACCCUCAUCUACAGCCCAGGUAGAAAUCCUCCAUGGCCAGAAGAAGCUGAAGCAAGUCUCAAAGUUGCAGUCAAGGAAAUCGAUAGCUACCAAAUUAACCUAAACUCUAUGACAUAACAGCUCUAGCUAGUGGUAAAAUUCACAGUCCCAGCUUAAUUCAGGGCAGGGACAUUUCCAUUAGAAUGGUGCUUUUAAAAAUAGAAACUGAACCAGGGCGGUGCUGAGGUUAAGGCCAAGUGUUUAAGAAGUAGAACGUAGCUGCCAAUUUAGAAACCCACGAAAAGGAGACUACAGAAGGAUCCCGGGGAGCACCGCGUGUGACAAAACAAGGGACUCUCGCCUUCACUCGCAUCACUGGCUAAUUGAAAAUCUUAUCCUGAAUCAUACCGAGACUGAUCAACUUUGGUAGCUUUUUUUUGUUCAGAGUUCAUGACACACUAAUCUUUUCAUUAUGAGAUUUUUUUCUCAGCCAGUGAUAGAUAUAUUCUGAAGUGCUGGCACCAGGAGUGUGUUCCAGAAACACACACUGCUAAAUGUGAGGAAGGAACUAAACUGGAAAUUAAAUUAUGCUGGCAAUAUUUGGGCACUUUUUAAAUCAUGGCAUUUUAAUUUACAUUAUAGUGGAGUUGCAUCAUACCCAGGGGUUAGCGUCUAAUGUCGGUACAUGAGAUACAAUGGGGUAUGAAGAUUGUCCUUGAAAGCCCUGUAGAAAGGCUCUAUGUUGGAAAUCUGUCCAUCUACCACAGCCAGUUUUUCCUCCAGCGUUGGAAGAAAUGACUGUUUCUUUGGUUGAAGACCAAUUGAAGCUGUUGGGAUUUGUUUAGGGGCUAUUUUGUAUUAAAAAAAACACAUACUUCAAACACUAGAAUCACACUUACCCCUGAAGAUGCUGCCCUCUCAGAGACAGAACGUGCACUGACAUUGUCAACACUCAACUUGGUUUACUCAAGGGCGUCCAUUCAUUGAAUAGGUGGUAUUGCCACUGUUAGUUUUCCUUAUUGUUUCCUUUUCACGGACCUCAUGUUGAAUUAAUGUAAGUUAAAUGUGUUUAUGGUAUGACUCCACUGUACAUUUUACAUUCAUAUUUUUAGUAGUAGAGGAUACAAGCAUAUAUAUAUAUAUGCAACCUGUAUGUAUGUGCUGUAUUUGGGCAUUUCAUUGAAAACUAAUUAAUAGGUAGCCUAUUUAUGGUUAUUAGUUUUAAUAAGCUUCUGUGGGAGAAUUAGAUUCAAAACUAAUUACUGAAUCAUGUUAUUUGAUUAGGAUAUAAUUAUACAAGUUUAAAGCCGGCUACAAACUUUCAGAGAUGUAUUUAUGAUAGAUGUGUUACUACAUGUUGGAAACUAGAACUAAAUCAAGUGUCAUCAACCAAAAAUAACUGAAUAGUCAAGUGUUGAAGAUAUUUUUUUAAUGUUUUUUGUUAUUAGCUAUUUUGAGUUAAAUAAAAACAGAG